AUGGCAAAGAAGAAAAAACCUACUCCCGGUCAGAAUGAACUAUCUCCUGAAGACGCUGGACGUGAAUUUGGCAUUUCCCUUAAAGAAUUAGAAACAUUAAUGCAAACGCGAGGUCAUGAAGGUGUCAAAGAACUCAAUGAAACAUAUGGCGGUCUUAGUGGUCUUGCACAAAAACUAAAAACUCAUUUAAUACAUGGCUUAUCUGGCGAGGACGCUGAUCUGUCAAUACGUCUGACUGCAUUUGGUCGUAAUGAAAUACCACCAAAACCACCAAAAACAUUUUUGCGGCUCAUGAUGGACGCACUUCAAGAUGUUACUCUUGUUAUACUUAUUAUCUGUGCUUGCAUUUCAUUUGCUUUAUCAUUCUAUCAUCCAGGUGGAGAUACAUUCGAAGCUGAAGUCAAACCAAAAGAAGCAAAUGUUGAAUGGAUCGAAGGUGCAGCAAUUAUUAUAGCUGUCAUUGUUGUUGUCCUUGUAACAGCAUUUAAUGAUUGGACAAAAGAACGACAAUUUCGUGGUCUUCAAUCAAAAAUUGAACUUGAUCAAAAAUUUAAUGUCAUUAGAGAAAAUUCAGUACGACAAAUUCCAAUAAAAGAUAUUGUUGUUGGUGAUAUAUGCCAAAUUAAAUAUGGAGAUUUAUUACCAGCCGAUGGUGUUGUUGUACAAUCGAAUGAUCUUAAAGUUGAUGAAUCAUCAUUAACUGGAGAAUCAGAUUUAAUCAAAAAACAUGAAUCAAGAGAUCCAUUUCUUCUUUCCGGUACGCAUAUUAUGGAGGGUAGUGGUAAAAUGCUAGUAUUGGCCGUUGGCGAACAUAGUCAAACGGGAAUGAUAUUUAAAUUAUUAGGCGCAACCAAAGAAGAAGAAGUUACUACUGAUAAAAAACCUAUCGAAAGUAAAAGCCAAAGUGCAGCAGCAGUUAAUAACCAUGAUGCAACUGAACUACAAGAAGUUAAUCUUGAUGAUGAUAAACAAGCAGGUGGUGAUGAUGACCCAGAGCACAUGAAAGUUACAGAACGAUCUAUUUUACAAGCAAAAUUAACAAAAUUGGCUAUUCAAAUUGGAUAUGCAGGCAUGACAAUUGCUAUUAUGACUGUACUCGUUUUAUUGAUACGAUUCUCUAUUGAAGAAUUUAUUCAAAGACGUGAACGAUGGAGUAAUAAAUAUUGGAGUCGAUUUGUACGAUACUUAAUCACCGGUAUAACUGUAUUAGUCGUUGCUGUACCUGAAGGUCUACCAUUGGCUGUAACAAUAUCAUUAGCUUAUGCCGUUAAAAAAAUGAUGCACGAUAAUAACUUAGUUCGUCAUUUGGAUGCAUGCGAAACAAUGGGUAAUGCAACAGCUAUUUGUUCAGAUAAAACUGGAACAUUAACAACCAAUCGUAUGACUGUUGUGCAAAUCUAUAUUGGCGAAAAACAUUGGAAAAAUGUCGAAAAUCCAAAUAAAGCUAAAGAAAUAGUCGUACCAGCUAAAACAAAAGAAAUCGUAUUUGAAGGCAUAGCUGUUAAUAGUAGUUAUUCAUCAAAAUUAUUACCUCCACCAGAAAGAGAAGUAGUAUUAGCUAAACAAGUUGGAAAUAAGACGGAAUGUGGCUUAUUAGGUUUUGUUGGAGUUCUUGGUGGUAGUUAUGAUGAAAUUCGUACACGUUAUCCCGAAGAAAGAUUCGUUCAUGUUUAUACAUUUAAUUCAGUACGAAAAAAUAUGUCAACAGUUAUUCGACGGCCAGACUCCGUUGUACGCAUGCACACAAAAGGUGCAUCGGAAAUUGUUUUGAAAAAAUGUAAAACAAUACUAAAUCGUAAUGGCGAUGUUGUACCAUUUUCAAAUGUUGAGUACGAUCGUCUUGUACAAACAGUUAUCGAACCAAUGGCAUGUGAUGGUUUACGUACAAUUUGUGUUGCAUAUAGAGAUUUCGCACCUGAUGCAUUACCAGACUGGGACGAUGAAGCUAAUUGUGUAGAUCAAUUAACAUGCAUUUGUAUAUGUGGUAUUGAAGAUCCUGUACGAGCAGAGGUACCAGAUGCCAUAGCAAAAUGUCGCAAUGCUGGCAUCACAGUACGUAUGGUUACUGGAGAUAAUGUCAAUACAGCUCGAUCCAUUGCACUGAAAUGUGGAAUUAUAUCACCGAAUGACAGUUUCUUAGUACUCGAAGGAAAAGAAUUCAAUCGACGUAUAAGAUCAAAACCGGAUGGAGAAGUUGAUCAAGCUUUAUUUGAUAAAGUUUGGCCACAUCUACGUGUAUUAGCUCGUUCAUCACCACAAGAUAAAUAUGUAUUAGUUCGUGGUAUUAUUGCAUCAAAAAUAAAUCCGACACGAGAAGUUGUCGCUGUUACCGGUGAUGGAACAAAUGAUGGACCUGCUUUGAAAAAAGCUGAUGUUGGCUUUGCUAUGGGCAUACAAGGUACUGAUGUAGCCAAAGAAGCAUCAGAUAUUAUUCUUGUUGAUGAUAAUUUCAAUUCAAUUGUCAAAGCUGUUAUGUGGGGUCGCAAUGUCUAUGAUUCAAUAGCAAAAUUUCUUCAAUUUCAAUUGACUGUAAAUGUUGUUGCUGUAUUUUGUGCUUUUAUUGGAGCAUGUAUUGUCAAAGAAUCUCCCUUACGUGCCGUUCAAAUGUUAUGGGUUAACUUAAUUAUGGAUACAUUGGCAUCAUUAGCACUUGCUACUGAAGUUCCAACCGAAGACUUAUUAACACGUCUACCAUAUGGACGGACACGACCAUUGAUUUCCCGAACAAUGAUGAAAAAUAUUCUUGGCCAUGCUAUUUAUCAAUUAGGCGUUAUGCUUUUUAUAUUAUUUGCUGGACCUACAGUAUUUGAUAUGGAUGAUGGUCGUCCAGUUGAUAGCGUUUUUAAACCAUCAGAACAUUUUACAAUGAUAUUUAAUGUUUUUGUCUUAAUGACAUUAUUUAAUGAAAUAAAUUGUCGAAAAAUCCAUGGUGAACAAAAUGUUUUUCGAGGAAUAUUUACUAAUCCGAUUUUUUAUGGUAUAUGGGUUGUAACAUUUGUUGUACAAAUUGUUCUUGUUCAAUAUGGUUCAGUGGCAUUUUCUUGUGUUGCAUUAACCUUUGAACAAUGGAUGUGGUGUUUGUUUUUUGGUGUUACAGUUCUUCUAUGGAAUCAAAUAGUUAAUUUGAUCCCGGUGACACAUCAUAUGCCAAAAUGGGGUGCAGGCGAAGUUUAUGAACCCAAUUCACCGGAUGAUUUAGGCCCCGAAGGACAGUCAAGACCAGGAGCCAGUCUCACAAAGGGACAAAUACUUUGGCUAAGAGGAAUAACACGUCUUCAAACACAGAUUGCCGUUGUCGAUGCUUUCUAUCAACCACCAUUAUCUAAUCAUCCAUUAUUAUCAAUGAAGAACAAAGCACCGGUAUCAAAUGAUUUAAAUAAUGUUGAAAUAGAAUCGGAGUAA